AUGAAGAAAUGGUUUGGUGCCGAAGUGUGUGUCAAGGAAGGCAGUAACGUCACGGCAAGCUCUGCAGACCGCUGUGUCUGCAACCCUGGCUGGGGUGGACGUCGCUGUGGUCUGCCCCAGUCUGUCCUCAGUCACAGCUGGAUGACCGAGCCCAAGUUGGUAGCAAGUCUGCAGGUAAGAAAAAGACCCAGAAGAGUGAUUGUUUUCAUUAACAAUUACUACUAUGAUGCCGGCAUCUUGGAGCUCAACAUAAGGAUGCUUGGGGACUUGGUGGAUGUGUAUGUUGUCAGUGAAGAGGAGGUCUUGUACAGGCAUAAAAAUGAAAGUUUUGUAUUCAUGCUGGAAAAUGGUUUUCUGAAAGAUUUCCAUGACAAGCUGGUGUUUGUUAACAUCACCGAGCCAUCGUUGCCUUCCAUUGAUAAACUUCACUUCACUGUUGUUGAAGGUCUUAAGCUAAUUUCUGACCUGAGAGUGGAUGAUUUGUUCAUAUUCCUGACUCCUGAGCACAUCCUAUCACGUGAUUUUGUUCUCUUCCUAAAGCUUUUCCACAAUUACCCACAGCCAGUUAGAUGUGGCUUCAACCAACAUGUAUAUGGUCUACAAUUAGUGUUGCCUAGUGGCAGUGAAAAUAUUAAUUUAUCAAGUGAGGCUAGUGAAAUUAAGGUCGCUUCCAGCAAUAGGCAUCAGUUUGGAUCUGUCCAUAUUUCUUUAGAAGGUGCUUCACAUGUGCCAAAUAGUUCUAAGAGACAUAGACGUGAUGCUUUCAAUAAUGCUCUCUUCAAUGAACUUUAUUCUAAUCAUACCCAGUUUGAACAAAACAUAAGUGAUGUGCCUAGUAUAUGUGCCGUGUCUGCCCUGGUCUUGAGCAACGUUUUUGAGAACAAAAUGCAACGACUCCAGGAAGAAAGUUUGCUCCUCAAGAAAAAUCACCUUGAAUUUUUUGACUCGCUCAACUACCCUUUGUUUCCGUGGACGUAUGAAAAUGCGGGCUGGCGAUGCCACUUGUGUCUCAUGUCAUCAAGUGAUAUAUAUGAGAAAUUGAGAGUUAUGCCAGAUUAUUUAGCCCCCUCAUGGUUUGAUGGCCAACCUUCAGUGCAGUCAAGAAUGAUUUUAAUCAUUGAAAAACUCAGAAGUAAUGAAAUGACCGAGUAUCAAAUUCAGGCUCAAAGAAUCUCAAUUCAUGGAUCGCAGUCUAGAAUUAUACCUAAGUAUGUCUUGGAACAUGAAGCUCAGUACUACCAAAAACUUUUCUUCCUGUGAUUUUCCUGUGCUCACUCAUUUGUGUUUUUCAUCAUGGUAAAGAAAAGGAAAUUCAACAGCCAAUCAUGGUGGCCAAAUAAAUAGAAAUUGGAUUGUGCAUAGUAUAGCUAAGCGUAAACAUAUCUUCAAACUACCAGCAAUAUUGUGAUAUCUGGAGUAUUUUUAUACUCAGUAGCCUGUUUAUAUACAUUCUAUGGCUAACAAUAAACAUGUUUUCUAUAAACAUAUGCCAAGUGAACUAAUUGUUACUAUAUAAUAAUAUACCUAUAUUUGAAAGAGCUAACAUUGUACAUUUUAGACCGACACACAACUUUGAGCCACAACAUAAGUUUUCUGUUUGUUAUGAACUUGCCCCUAUUGCAUGCUUGCCAAUAUGUAAUUAUAGUUAAGAAGAGUUAUACCUCAAGUGCCUUAGAAUUUUGUACAAGCUUAGGAAAUGAAGAUUUUUUUAGUAUGUAAAUUGGAGAUUUUUUAGGGCAAGCCAUCAUCCUAUGCAUUUUCAGGUACCAUACAUUACAAAAAAUAAAUUGUUAUAUAGAAAAUUCAAAAAUAAUUUUCAGUAAUAACCUCCGUAGCUUCUCCUAUAGAGCAUUUAUUUUAUAAAAGGUGAAUGCAUGCAUAGGAACUAACCUUGCAAUAAUUUUCUGUUUUGUUAUGGGUCAAAUGUUAUGGCAAAUAUUGAAGACAUACUUUAUAUGUCAUUAAAUCUUAUUAGUUGGAAUAAGAAUGCUCAGUUGCAAUUGAGAAAUUUUAAUGCAUUGAAUUAUUCUGACAAUAUCGGGUAAACUGAGCUGCUGAGAGCUCCUUGAGAAAGUGUGAAAAAAUAUAACUCAGUAGGUACUCACUGCAGACAAAAACUUGAG